AUGCCAUUUUUAUGCAGUAUUUGUUCAUUACUAUUUACGAAUCCAGGUACUGAACAUUCCAUGUACUCAACAAUGUGUGGACAUAUAGUAGGUAAAUCAUGUAUCGAAAAAUUAAAAUCUUCUAAAUCUUUUAAUAAUUUCAAAUGUCCUAUAUGUUGUAAAAAGUUAGGACGAAUGGCUUAUCAUCCAAUUUUGAAUAUGCCAAAUGAGAUUUCUGAUAUUGUAAUUAAUCCUGUACAAAAAUAUCUUAAAAAUAAUUAUGAUACAAUGGAGUGUUCUUUUGAAAAUAAUAAAAAUUAUGAUGGUACAUUUAUAUUAAAAUUUAAUGAAAGUAUAAAUGGAACAAUAGAAUUGUUUGAUGUAUAUAAUGGAUGUAUAUUAAUUAAUGGUUUUAAUUUACCAAAUUCUGAUAAUCUUCAAUAUCUGGCACUUUUAAUAAAAAAUGAUAUUUGUACUGCAAUUGCUUUUAAUAAAUGUAGAGAUGACGUUAUUGAAUUUUGUAUUGGUUCUGAUAAAGGUGAAAUUUUUCAUGCAAUUAUUGGAUUAGAUUUUAAAAUUAUACUUGAAAAAAUUUUAAUUCAGGAAAAAGAAAAAAUUGAUUCAAUAUGUUUUUUAGAAAAAAAUAAGAUAGCUUAUUCAUUUGGAAAAGGAAACUUAUUUGUUUGUAACACAAAUAAUAUUCUUGAAAAAGAAAAUUGGACUAAAUUUAAUUUUUCUGAAGGAGGGAAAAUUAAUAAUAAACUUUAUAUUUUUCAAAAUUCUGAAUAUUCGAAUGAAUUUUGCUCUAGUUAUUAUUCUGGAAAUAGAGAAUUAAUUACUUAUAAUGUUGAUUCUGGUAUUAUUUUUGCACUAUACAAUGAAAGAAAUAUGGUCAGUGACGAGAAUACUUUAUCUAAAUCAUAUAUAUUACGAAAAAUCAAAGGAAUAUAUUUAGAAAAUAAUAAAUAUAAUAAAGAGAUUGAAUAUAUAACCUGUAUUUUAAAAGAAAAAGAUUUUCCACGGUUUUUUAAAUCAAAAUUAAUAGUUAUAAAAAAUGAAGAAUAUCCAAUAAUUUUUACAUUUAUACCAAAUAUUAAAAAAAAUGUUAUUCAAGCAUUUAUUUUGAAAUCUAAUACUAACAACAAUACAGAGUUGUUUCUUGUAGCUGAAAAGUUUAUUGAAGACUUAAAUACAUGCCUUGGUAUUUGUAUUGUAAAAGAACCAAAAAUAUAUCUUUCAAAGUUUAUGAAAGUAAAACUUAUUUUAUUUCUUAAAAACAAAUACAUUUCACUUGAUUUUGUAUGUGCUUUACCUGAUAAAUUAAAAAUCAGCUAA